AUGGGAGACAAGAAAAAUUAUGAGUCCAGAUCAAGUGUCAAUAAUACGUCAUCAUUGGCAUCUUCGCUUAUGACAAGAAUUGUGUCAAAUGCGAAAUUUGCAGUUGAAACUUUUGAUGGGUCAGGACAUUUUGGAAUGUGGAAAGGCGAGGUCCUUGAUGUUCUUUUUCAACAAAGUCUAGCUAUUGCUAUAGAAGAAAAGAAACUAGACAGUCACAAUGAUGAUCAUAUCACCAGCUUUAAUAAGUUGGCGACAGAUUUGCGGAAUAUGGACAUGAAUUUUACGGAUGGAGAUAUGUCCUUAAUGUUGUUAAGUUCACUUCCCAAUGAGUUCGAGCAUCUUGAAACAACUCUACUGCAUAGGAAUGAUGAAGUAAAUCUCAAAGAAGUUUGGUCUACCUUAUACAGUUAUGAACAAAGAAAGAGAGAAAAACAAAAAGGCGAAGAAGCAGAAGCAUCGAUUGCAAGAGAUCCAUCCACAUCAUCUGAUUUAUGGUUGAUGGACAUAGCUUGCAGCUAUCAUAUGUGUCCUAAUCGGGACUGGUUUGUUGAUUUACAAGAAAGAGAAUGUGGAUUUAUUCACACCGCAAAUGAUAAUCCUCUUACCGUAUAUGGUGUUGGUUCAAUCCGAUUAAGGAACCAUGAUGGAUUAAGUAGAACAUUAAUAGAUGUUCGAUAUGUACCAUAUUUGAAGAAAAAUCUCAUUUCUGUUGGAGGCUUAGAGUCAAAGGGGUUCAAAGUCAUUGAAGAUAAUGGCAUGAUGAGAAUAUGCUCUGAUGCACUGGUGGUAAUGAAGGCAUUCGAAGAAAUAAUAACAUGUACCACUAUCAAGGUAGUACAAUUAUUGGGACAGCGGCAACAACAUCCAAUGAUGAGAAGGGGGCAGAAAUGA